GUUUUGGAGUUCACGGAAUGUUUUAUUCAGGAAGGCAGUGGAGCAAGGACGUGUUGUUCAACAUGUACGCCAUAGUCACAGGAGGAACCAGGAGUCUUGGCUACUGCGUGGCUGAGGAGUUAGCGAAGGAUGGCUAUACACAUAUCAUCCUCACCUACAACUCGAACACGGAACGCGCGGAAAAAUCGAAGAAGGCCCUAGAGGAAAACUAUGGAAUCUCAGUGUUCCUUGCGAAAGGCGACUUAGCUCAGCCUGAGGCCGUCGAUGCGAUCUUUGACUGCGUGGAGAAGAAUUUUGGAAACAAGCUCAACGCUCUCGUAAGCAACGCUGGAGCCGUCGUGGGUGUGACAUCGACACCAGAGAGCGAAGCAGCGAAAAAGGCAGCCGGAAGUUACCACAAAACCAUCGGCUCUGGCGAAUUUGACGAUUUUUCCGCUUACGACUACUUGCAGGAUAUAUAUCCCAAGUGUUUCAUUCGACUGGUGGAAAGAUCGAUCAAAAUCAUGGAGGAUGGUAAAGGGUACAUCUUGGCAGUGUCGGCCCCGGGCGCCAAUAUCACGGCGACAGCUAGUAAUGUAGCAUACGCUGUCCCAAACCUUGCCAAAGGUGGCUUAGAAUUAUUGGUGCGAUAUUACGCUCGAGCCCUGGCCCCUAGAGGAAUCACCGUCAAUGCUGUCGUCCCUAACUUUAUCAUGUCUGAGAGUUGGCAUCACUUGACAGCAAGCAUGGGCGGCGUUGAAAGCGAUGCUACAAAAGCUAUGAUCCAGGAAACUCCCAUGAAGCGAUUCGGGGAAGGUCGCGAGUUUGCUCACGUGGUUUCGUUUCUGUGCUCACCCAAGGCAUCGUUCAUCACAGGGGUGUCCCUGCCAGUUGACGGAGGGUUCCAUCUCAAGUAAAUUCGAUUGGGUUCAAAACGCAGUUUAGGAUUGUUAUCACUCCUUAGGCGUACUGAUUAUUUUAUACAGUAUUACCUAAUAUUUAUUCGCUUACAAAACACCAGGAUAGGAGUCUUGAAAGUAUCACAAAGAUAUGUGUAAUGCGACAAAGCCAUUAUAUGAAGGCCGCCUGUCAACUUAUCCUGGUAUUAUAUAUUAUAUAGGCGAAUCUUUGCUGACGUCAUUGUUUACAUUUUUCCUCAUUAACAUACGACUUUGCGCA